UGAUUAUAAAAUCAAUUCACCUUUUUCUGUUCAUUUAUGAGUGGGAUUGCUGGUCGCCUCUAGCAGCUCCAAGUGAUGAGUCAAAACUCAUCAUCUUUACAUGGCUGCUAGUUCUGCAAGAUAUGGCGAUGGAUCAGGGAGAGAAACGGACAAUCCAUCCGUUCUUCUGUAAAGAUCUCGGAGUUCAGGCCAAAUUAACACCUCAACCGACCUCCGUCGCCAAUAGCGUUCCAACGCAUGACACCUCGAAUGGCGCAGUACAUUACGAUACCGUUAAUGAAGAUUGUGAGCAGCCUACAGGCAAUUCCGAGUCAUUGAACAAUCCUACGGCGUCUGAUACCACGCUAGAAGAUGAUCCCAACUCGAGUAGGAGGAAACGGCGGAGGACAGAUCAGCACGUGUCUGAUAUUGCGAAUAGUAUACCAUCAGACGCUGAAGAGGGGGGUACUAGGCCAGCAAACCCCAUAAUUGCCUAUAAAGAUGUCCCCUCUGCGCCUGGUAUCGAGUCCCAAAUCCCUACAACCGACAAUGCGGAUCUUCUGGGGCUGCAAACCUCGGCCAUAAACAGUUCUACCUCAAUGGACCUUGUGAAUGAUGUGACAGCACAAACUGAAGAAAGGCGAUAUCCAGAACGGCAGCGAAUACUUAGACUGAAUCCAAACGGAAAGCUACUAAGCUCACCUAUCGGAAAGCAACCGGAAGAGAAGGAACCGAAGAAGGACAACAAGGGUAAAAAGGGAUCACGAAAACCAAAAAAGGAUGGCAACAAGCUGGUUAUCAUCAAAUAUGCUAGUGAUGUAAACGCCAGGGAAAGGAUAGGAAAGAUAAUAGACGAGAUUAUCAAUGGCCGAACAAGACACCAAGCCCAACGUCUUACUUCUAAACCCGCUUCUGUUCCUACACCAAAACCGACUCCUCGGGCUACAGCGAAUCAACCGCUUAAGCCCACGCAUCCGUUCUUUUCGAAGAAAUCUACGCGAAAACCUGACACCCCUACUCAACCCCAUGGUGAAGAUUCGGAAGCAUUUAACCCACUUGCUGAGGCCCCUCGCAGGCCCUUAUCGUUGACUCGAGAGAGCUCAGGGGUAGGUUCUACACCUUUCAAACCGCGAGUUUCUAAAUUCCCUGAACCCAUUCAUCCUCUAUGGCCACCACGAGAUUUCGUUCAUGUCCGAGGUGCCGAUGCGGACAUCAACUCUUAUCGAGACCCUCUUCACUCAAAUAUGGACCAGAGAAAGGCAAAAGGUGUUUCUGUCUGUAUCCAUGACCAAGAGAAUGUACUCCUCUCGGGAACAUUCGGGCAGUCUAUGAAGAAACAAGCUCCUCAAGCUCUCCGGUUACCAACGAGAUUCGUUGCUAGCGGAAAGGUUUUGGGGAAGGCGAUAACGAGCCAACUGUCGGAACACUCAUCGAGGCCUAAAAAUGGUGAUACCGUCUUCAAGAAAGACACUCACCCUGGGAUUUCCCGACUUUACUCGUUAUUAGCAACAUCCAUGACUGCGUUUGAUCGCGGACAGUGUGACACAUGCCUCUGGACCCAGAAAUAUGUGCCUGCUUCCGCAGAGGAAGUUUUGCAGGCCGGAAAAGAAGCACACAUGCUACGAGAUUGGCUGAAGUUCCUCAUCAUUUCUGCUGUUGACACGGGCAAGUCGACCAAAGACUCCGAGAAGGCGAAACAAAAAUCGGAAGAGAAAAAGCGGGCAAAGAAGCGUCAGAAGAAGGACAAAAUGAAUGGAUUCAUUGUGUCAAGUGAAGACGAAGCGUCAGAAAUGGGCGAGCUCGAGUCAGAAGAGGACGAGCUAGCUGGCAACGUAACCGUUCCCUCCUCCAAGCGCACUGUUAUUCGAUCUGGUGAUUUAGCGGCCGGGUCAAAAGGCUCUGAGAAAGGCCGGAUGAGCAAUGCGAUUCUACUCAGUGGACCUGCAGGAUCUGGGAAAACUGCCUCUGUGCAAGCGGUGGCCAAGGAACUUGGUUUUGAGGUUUUUGAGAUCAACUCAGGAAGCCGCCGAAACGGUCGAGAUGUUGUCGAGCGCGUCGGUGAUAUGACCCGAAAUCAUAUUGUGCACAAGUUGCACUUUGGAGAUGAGGGUACCGGCCAGCCAUCGGACGGCAGCACUGGAGAAGUACGGGAAGAUGGAAAGCAGAACAAGUUGAUGGGCUUCUUCAAGUCAAAACCCGCCGAUACCAAGACAAAUAAGGGAUCUCCAGCCACCCCCAAGGAGGCAGAGCCGGAGGUUGAUACAAAGCGAUCUCAGAAACAGUCUCUUAUCCUUUUGGAAGAAGCCGAUAUCCUCUUUGAAGAAGACCGGCAAUUUUGGUCGGGAGUCAUGAGUCUCAUCCAGCAGUCGAGGCGACCAAUCAUCAUAACCUGCAACAACGAGAAACUUAUACCUUUGGAAGACAUUUCAUUCCACGCCAUCCUACGAUACCGGCCUCCACCUCAGGAUCUCGCUGUCGAUUAUCUCCUUUUGAUGGCUGCGAAUGAAGGCCAUAUGUUGCAGCGAAAUUCUGUCAGCAAUCUUUAUCGUGCCGCCGGAAGCGACCUUCGCAAAGCAAUUAUGGACUUGAAUUUCUGGUGUCAGAUGGCCAUAGGUUCCAACAAAUCCGGCCUUGAUUGGAUGAUGGACCGAUGGCCACCGGGGAGAGAUUGCGAUGAGAACGGAGAUACCCUCCGAGUACUAAGCCUUAAUACCUACCAGCAGUACAUGGGGUGGUUUGGUCGCGAUAUGUUACUCGACGGUACUCUGGAUAGCGAAGUUGAGUCUCAAGAGGAAUCCCUUCAUUGGUGGGAGCGCAGUAUCCAGGAUUCAGAAAAUAUAGCUUUCUCGAGUUCUCAAACGCUUUCGCCAGCGAAAUCGAAACUUGAGCAGCUUGAGCAGUUACAAUACGAAUCCGAGUAUGCAGAUAUGAGAAGCGCCUUGGACUUACUGUGCACGGGCUGCUCGGUUGACACCAGAUUGGAUGCUGUCGAUCCUUCCGUACCGCCAAUCCCCGAGAGACACAAAGCGAACUAUAUUGAAAGUCACCAACUGCUUCAUGCUGAUCUCAAACCACAGUACUCGUCACUAGCUCUCGCAAUCGGAAGUACUGCGGAAGUCUUAAUCGGAAAGACAUUUCGGCCGCAAAAUGCGGAUGUGGAGUCCUCGCAAGCUGCCCAAGUACUUGCAAACACCAAUGAGAUCCAUGCCUCUAACGCGUCUGCCGCCCAAUUAACAACAGCCUUUGAGCCAAUGAUGCGGGGCGACGAUCAACUUUCUCCAAGUGCACGAUUAGCGCCCUCUUUCCAAAACGGACCGGGCGCUCUUUGGGAGGACCUGGCACCGUACGUCCGCGCAAUUGUGGCAUUCGAUCUUCGUCUCGAACAAUACCGAUUCAAACUCAGCGGCCUGCUCUCAUCCAGCGCCGGUAGUAAGGGAAAAAUGCGAAAGACGCGAGCCAGUCGCGCCGCGCUUGAGGGAGGUGAUAAGGCACACACUCGACGAGAGCGAUGGUUUCCACCCGGCACGAAUCCCGCCCGCAUCUUGGCCACGGGGAGCAAGGAAUGGCAGGACCUCCUUGUUCAUAAUGGGCAUUUUAUUGUUGGAGACAUGCCGGAACCUGAUCAAGAGUCUAGAGGGGCUAGCAGGGAACCCAGCAGGGAAGGCAGCGAGCCGGCAUCGGAGAAAAAUUCCACACCCGGAUCAGCUCAGCGAUCCAAAGCCUCCCUCUUCACCGACGAUCCCCUCUCAAGCAGCGGAGCCAAUAACACCGGCGCGGCCACCAGUUCCCUCUUCGCCGACAACGACACCAGCUCGCCCUGGACAACCAAUGCCAACAAGCGAGCCUCCCGCACCGAACUUGUCAAGACACUCCUCCCAGACACAGAUGUACCCGAGAGCUACAUCGAUGCUUACGAUCUGGUUCUGGAUGGGGGGGACCGCGUUGGGGCUGGGGUUGGGCUGACGUCCGUGAGGGAGGUGUUAGCGGGAAGUGGUUUGAGCGCGUCGGAGCAGGCGAGGAUAUUGAAUUUGGUAGUUUCGGGGGACUUGGAUAGUGGAAGGACGGAUAUUGGGGUUGGAAGGGGGGAGUUUAGUGUGCUUUUGGCGCUUGUGGGACUUGCGCAGGAAGGGGAGGAGCUUACCUUUGAUGCAGUGGAUGAUAGAAGGAAGAAUCUGCCAGAACCGCAGAGUACCUAUCUUGAUGGGUUACGCCCGAAACCGGACUUCGACGGUGCACAGGAUCAGCCAGAGCAAGAACGGCCGACAACACCACCUCAGCCCUCGAAUCCUCUGCAAGAGCCGAGCUCAGUUCAAUCUAGACGCUCGGACAGGGAAUCGUUAGGCGCGUUCGAGGCAGACCCGUGGGCUGCCCCGGAGUUACAUCGCGACCAUGGCCACAGCCAGGUCCACAACGAACCGUCUAUAUUAAACGGGUUUGGGAAUGAUCAGUCGGCUGGGAACUCAUGGUCUGACGGUCGAGCUUUCGAAGAGGCUUAUCGACAAACGAUUUCGAACGGAGAGCGGUCUAACGGUCUAAGUGUCGCGCCUGCGCCUGCGCCUAGCAGUUCGGAGUCUGGAUGGGGAGGCAGCUUGCCCCGUGAUACAGGGUUUGGAGGAUUUGGGCCACCUCCCACGAGUAAUCCCGGGGAGAUCAGCAAUCGUCGACGGUCAUUAGGGGCCGGGAGAAUAACGACAACGCCAGCAGAGGAGACGAUAACUGUUACGCUACUUCCGGAGAAAGAGGGCCUGUUCAUGUUCCAACAUCGCAACUACGAGGUUAAGUCCGCACGGAGGGGAAGUACGGUUGUUCGACGAUACAGCGACUUUAUAUGGUUAUUGGAUUGUUUGCAGAAACGGUAUCCAUUCCGGCAGCUUCCAUUGCUGCCACCAAAACGAAUCUCAGUCAAUGGCACUCACCUCGCAGCGGAUUCAAACUCGUUUCUCGAAAAGCGUCGUCGCGGACUUAUACGGUUUACCAACGCAUUGGUACGGCAUCCGGUGCUCAGCCAGGAGCAGCUGGUGGUGAUGUUCUUGACAGUUCCGACGGAAUUGUCCGUGUGGCGGAAACAGGCGACGGUCUCUGUACAAGAUGAAUUUAUGGGGAGAGUCCUUCCCCCGGAUUUGGAGGAUUCGUUGCCACCAACUCUGACGGAAACCUUGGACACGGCGCGCAAUGGUAUUAAACGUUCUGCGGAGAUCUACAUCAAUCUGUGCAUGUUGCUAGAGCGUCUAGCCAAGCGCAAUGAAGGACUUGCAGCAGACCACCUGCGGUUCUCGCUCACACUCCAGUCGCUGACUGAGGCAACAAAGGACACGUAUACGCUGGACAGCAGCGACGUGCCUCUUCUCAAUGACGGCAUCCGAUCCACGGCAAAGCAUAUAUCGAACAGCCAGACCUUGUUGGAAGAUGAGGCACGGGCGUGGGAAGACGGGGUAUUGGAGGACUUGAAGCAGCAGCGGGACUGUCUAGUCAGCAUGCGUGAGCUGUUUGACCGACGUGACCGCUACGCACGCAACAACAUUCCGCAGCUUGAGCGGCGGAUUGAGGUCAACGAACGAAAACUACAGGACCUGCGGGCCCGAACGACGGGGACUGUGAAGCCUGGGGAGAUUGAGCGGGUUGAGGAGUCUAUUUUCAAGGACAAAGAAUCAAUUGUCCAACAACAUGCACGUGGAGUGUUCAUCCGACAGUGUCUGCGCGAAGAACUAGAGCACUUCCAAAGGAGCCAGUAUCACAUUACUCGGCUACACCAGGACUGGAGCCAGGAACGAGUGAAGUACUCGGAGCUGCAGGCGGACAACUGGCGGUCAUUGAGCGACCAAGUGGACGGGAUGCCGGACGGUGUAUGAUUUUGUUUUACUUAGUUAUGUUCUGGUUGCUGUGUUUGCUGUGAUUUGGUACUAUUUGCUAUGUCCUGUUGAGCUUCACGAUCUCGUUCAUGCUUGUAUUUAUGCUGUUUAUGCCAUAUUUUAUUUAUCAGCAAUAUGGUCACGGGACACGGCCGAAAGCUUUACUUCCGACGCCCACAAGUGGGUCAUCAGCGGCGCCGAGAAAACGUAUAGCCAAUAAACAAGACUUCAAGUAGCCUU